CUGUGUGGGCCACACGUGUCACCGGGAGCCACCAAACCCCCUCGCUCUCGCCCAGUGCUGCUCAGGAGGGAAGACUGGAGAGCCUUUGCUCCAAAGGAUAUUUACUGGAUGUCACUGGUCUGAAGAAACAGAGAGAAAAAACCCGCAAGAGUUUAAAAAAAAAAAAACAACCCCAGAGCAUCUCUGUAGGCUGAUGCUGGGAAGACAGAAAUUGCCUCAUUAACCUAAGUGAGUGGGGGAGAGACAGAAGCAAACCCUCAGAAUGGAGGAAGAAGAAUAUGAGGAAGUUGUGGAGUACUACAUUGAGGAGAUGGUUAUUGAGGAGGGUGAGCCACAUGAGGUGGUCACUGAGAUCACUGAGACCAUCAGCACAGACUACUCAGUCCCUGAGACCAUCAGCACAGACUACUCAGUCCCUGAGACCACCACGACCACCACCUACACAGCUGAGCACACCCAGCCCUCUAGGGAGGAUGCAGCCCCUCCCAUCAGGAAGAAGACAAUCCGCACAAAAGUGGACCCAUCCAAGUUUCUGACACCUUACCUGGAACACAGCAAUAAAAUGAAGGACUUAUUCAGCGAGAACAAGUACAAGGAAAAAUUUAGAAAAGAAAAAGGAAAGCCAUAUGCUUCCACAGUUGAUACCCCAGAGAUCCGGAGGAUCAAGAAAGUGCAGGACCAGCUCAGUGAGGUUAAAUACCGCAUGGCUGGGGAAGUUGCCAGAACCAUUUGCCACGUGGAUGAAAAGGCCAUGGAUAUAGAACAUGCAAAGAAAGUGUCACAGCAAGUGAGCAAGGUAUUAUAUAAACAGAACUGGGAGGAGAAUAAGGACAAGUACCUGCUUCCCCCUGAUGCUCCAGAGCUUGUGAAUGCAAUAAAAAACACAGCUUUGUUCAGCAAGAAACUCUAUACUGAAGACUGGGAUGCAGACAAAACAUUGUUUUAUCCCUACAAUGACAGUCCAGAGCUCAGAAGGGUGGCACAGGCUCAGAAGACUCUGAGUGAUAUUGUCUACAAAAAGGGGCAUGAUGAAAGGAAAGCAAAAUUCACCACUCUGCCAGAUCCCCCUGAUGUGGAACAAGCCAAGAAGGUGACACGGCAGCUGAGUGAUGUUAUUUACCAUGAAGACUAUAAAAACAAAAUCAAAGGCAAGUGGAGUCAAACUCCGUGCUAUGAUGUGGCAGUUGCAAAAAUGAAUGCAGAAAAUCUAAGUAUGAGGAAAUACCAGGAAGACUUUGAAAACAUGAAAGACCAAAUCUACUUCAUGCAGACUGAAACUCCAGAAUAUGAAGCCAACAAACGAGCUUCAGAAAACAUCAGCAAGUUCAAAUACAGAGCAGACUAUGAAAAGAAGAAAGCUAUUGCAGAUUAUAAUGUGCUCCCUGCUACAGAGAACCCAUUGCUGAAGCAAUUAAAAACUGCAGGAAAUAUUCUGAGUGAUAAAUUAUACAAAGAAGCUUAUGAACAGUCCAAAGGAAACAAGAUGAAUUACUGUGAGACACCCAAAUUCCAGACUGAUGCUGCUCUGAAGAACUUUAGUGAUAUUAAAUAUAAAGAUGCAUAUCAGAAGAAUAUUUUGGGGCACUACUUGGGCAGCUUUGAGGAUCCUCAUCAAAUCCACUGCAUGAAGGUUGAAGCUAUGAAAAGUGAUAAAAAUUACAAAGCAGAUUAUGAGGAGGAAAAGACAAAGUGCUACUUCCCUCAGACCAUAACUCAAGAGUAUGAAGCAAUCAAGAAGUUGGAGCAAUGUAAAGAUUACACCUACAAAAAGCAUCCUGAUCAAACCAAAUUCACUUCAGUGAUCGACUCUCCAGUACAAAAGCAAGCAGAAAUCAACAGCAAACAGCUGAGUGAUAUAUUGUAUAAAUCAAAAGGGGAAGAAAUUAUUCACAAGUACCACCUCCCUCCUGAUGUGCCCCAGUUCAUCCAGGCUAGAGUUAAUGCCUACAACAUCAGUGAUGCUAACUACAAAGCAGACUGGAAGAAAACCCUUGCCAAAGGCUAUGAUCUGAAACCAGAUGCCAUUCCAAUUAUUGCUGCUAAAGCUUCUCGGAAUAUUGCAAGUGAUUACAAGUACAAGGAAUCCUACGAGAAAGACAAAGGCAAACAGGUCGGGUACCGGAGCCUGCAGGAUGAUCCCAAACUUGUUCACUACAUGAACGUGGCCAAAAUCCAGUCGGAUCGGGAAUACAAGAAGGAUUAUGAAGUCACCAAGACCAAAUAUCACACUCCUCUGGAUAUGUUCAGCGUGACAGCUGCCAAGAAAGCCCAGGAAGUGGUGACAAACACUGGCUAUAAGCAACCAAUUCACCAUUACACCCUCCUGCCUGAUUCUGUGAACCUGGAGCUCUCCAAAAAUGUGAUGCAGCUUCAGAGUGAUAAUCUGUACAAAUCUGACUUCAAUAACUGGCUGAGAGGAGUUGGCUGGGUCCCAAUUCAGUCACUGGAUGUAGAAAAGGCCAAGAAAGCCACGGAGAUUCUCAGUGAGAAGAAAUACCGCCAGCAUCCCGACCAGCUCAAGUUCUCCAUCCCUAUGGAUGCCAUGGAACAAGUGCUGGCAAAGCAAAAUGCCAAGACCAUGAACAAGAGGCUGUACACAGAUAAGUGGAACAAAGAGAAGACCAGCAUUCAUGUGAUGCCAGACACCCCAGAAAUUCUGCAGUGCAAAGUGAACCAGAUGACCAUGAGUGAUAAACUUUACAAAGCUGGAUGGGAGGAGGACAAGAAGAAGGGUUAUGACUUGCAGCCAGAUGCAAUUCCAAUAAAAGCAGCCAAGAGCUCCAGGGACAUCGCGAGUGACUAUAAAUACAAACUGGCCUACGAGAAGGCCAAAGGGAAGCACAUCGGUUUCCGCAGCCUCGAGGACGACCCCAAGCUGGUGCACUUCAUGCAGGUGGCCAAGAUGCAAUCUGACAGGGAGUACAAAAAGGGUUAUGAGAAGGCCAAGACUAAUUUCCACACUCCAGUUGACAUGGUCAGCGUGGUGGCAGCCAAGAAGGCUCAGGAAGUGGCUACCAAUGCAAACUACAAGAACUUAAUCCACACCUACAAUGUCCUGCCAGAUGCUAUGAGCAUUGAAUUGGCCAAAAACAUGAUGCAGUUACAAAGUGAUAAUCAAUACAAAGCAGAGUAUGAUGAAACUAUGAAGGGUGUUGGGUGGCUCCCACUGGGCUCCCUGGAAGCUGAGAAGAACAAAAAAGCCAUGGAAAUUGUGAGUGAGAAGAAAUAUCGCCAGCAUCCAGACAAAUUGAAGUACUCUGUUCCUAUGGAUUCCAUGAACAUGGUCUUGGCUUUAAAUAACGCCAAAAUCAUGGAUGAGCACAAGUACAAACAAGCCUGGGAAGAAGACAAAAAGAAAAUUCACAUCACCCCAGAUAUUCCACAGAUUGCUUUAGCAAAAGCAAACGCAUUCAAUUUAAGUGAAAAAAUGUACAGAUCUUCAUUUGAGGAAACCAGGAAGAAAGGAUAUGAUCUCAGGGCUGAUGCUAUUCCUGUCAAAGCUGCCAAAGCUUCCAGGGAUAUUGCCAGUGAUUAUAAAUACAAAUUAGGGUAUGAAAAAGACAAGGGGAAACUCGUCGGCUUCCGCAGCCUCCAGGAUGAUCCCAAACUUGUCCAUUGCAUGCAAGUGGCCAAGAUGCAGUCGGACAGGGAGUACAAGAAGGCCUAUGAGGCGAGCAAGACUCAUUACCAGACACCUUCUGAUACCCUCAGCGUGGUGGCAGCCAAGGAGGCCCAGGACCGUGUCACCAACACCAACUACAAGCGCCUGAUCCACCAGUACAUGCUCCUGCCAGAUGCCAUGAGUCUGGAGCUGUACAGAAACAUGAACCAGAUCCAAAGUGAUAAUGAGUACAAGCAGGAUUACAAGGAGUGGUUCAGGGGGAUUGGUUGGAGUCCCGUUGGUUCUCUGGAUGUGGAGAAAUCAAAGAAAGCCACGGAGAUUGCGAGCGAUCGGAAGUACCGCCAGCACCCCAGCAAGUUCCCCUUCACCAAACAGAACGAUGCCAUGGACCUGGUCCUUGCAAAGCAGAAUGCAAACAUCAUGAACAAACAUGCUUAUACCCAAGCCUGGGAGAAGGAUAAAACUCAGGUCCAUGUGAUGCCAGACACACCAGAUAUUCUACAAGCCAAACAGAACAAGACAAACUACAGUCAGAAACUCUACAAACUUGACUGGGAGAAAAUGAUAAAGAAAGGCUAUGACCUCACACCUGAAGCCAUGUCAGUGAAAGCUGCCAAAGCUUCAAGGGACAUUGCAAGUGAUUUCAAGUACAAGGAAGGAUACCGCAAGCAGCAGGGACAUCACAUCGGAUUCCGCAGCUUGCAGGAUGACCCCAAGAUGCUGUGGUCCAUGCAAGUCGCUAAAAUGCAGAGUGAGAGGGAGUACAAGAAAGACUUUGAGAAGUGGAAGACCAAGUUCAAUAUGCCUGUGGAUAUGCUGGGCUUCCUUCUGGCCAAGAAGUGCCAGGAGCUGGUCAGUGAUGUGGACUACAAACACAUUCUGCACCGCUGGACUUGUCUGCCAGACCAGGUCGAUGUCACCGAGGCAAGGAGGGUCAACGAGCUGCAGAGUGAUAACCUGUAUAAGUCAGAUCUACAGUGGCUCAGAGGCAUUGGAUGGAGUCCUUUGGGAUCUCUGGAAGCUGAAAAGAACAAGAAAGCUUCUGAAAUACUGAGUGACAAGAAGUACAGGCAGCACCCAGACACUAUUAAGUUCACAAGUAUCCCAGAUGCCAUGGAUGUUGUUUUGGCAAAAUCUAAUGCCAAAAAUAGGAGUGAUAUACUCUACAGGGAAGCUUGGAACAAGGACAAGACUAAGGUUCACAUCAUGCCUGAUACGCCUGAAAUUUUAUUGGCUAAAUCAAACUUGAUUAACACAAGUGAUAAACGUUACAAGGUAGGAUAUGAAGAGCUGAAGAAGAAAGGCUACGACCUCCCUCCUGAUGCCAUCCCCCUCCAGGCAGCCAAGGCAUCCCGAGACAUAGCCAGUGAGUACAAGUACAAAACCGCAUACAGAAAACAGCUGGGCCACCACAUCGGGGCCAGGAACAUCGAGGAUGACCCCAAGAUGAUGUGGUCGAUGCACGUGGCCAAGAUCCAGAGUGACAGAGAGUACAAGAAGGACUUUGAGAAGUCCAAGAUGCGGGCAGAUGCCAUUCCCAUCAAGUCAGCCAAAGCUUCCCGGGACAUCGCCAGUGAUUACAAGUACAAAGAAGGGUAUCGCAAGCAGCUGGGCCACCACAUUGGGGCCAGGAACAUUGAGGAUGACCCCAAGAUGAUGUGGUCAAUGCAUGUGGCCAAGAUCCAGAGUGACAGGGAGUACAAGAAAGUUGUCCAUGCCAAGACAGUGUACGACCUGCAGAGUGAUAAUGUGUACAAGUCUGACCUGCAGUGGCUGAGGGGCAUUGGCUGGUCCCCAAUUGGAUCAUUGGACGUUGAGAAGAACAAGAGGGCGAGCGAGAUCCUGAGUGACAAGAAGUAUCGGCAGCACCCAGACACCAUCAAAUUCACGAGCCUUCCUGACUCCAUGCCCAUGGUGCUGGCAAAGAAUAACUCCAAAAUCAUGGACCAGCGCUCGUACAUCUCGGCCUGGGAGAAGGACAAAACCAGCAUUCACAUCAUGCCAUUGGCCAAGCAGAAUGCAGACACCAUGAACAAGCGCUUGUACACUGAGGCCUGGGAUAAAGACAAGACACAAAUCCACAUCAUGCCUGACACGCCUGAAAUCACACUGGCAAGAGAGAACAAGAAGAACUACAGUCUGAAACAAUACAGACAGGCCAUGGAAGAUGCAAAGAAGAAAGGCUAUGAUUUGAGAGCUGAUGCCAUCCCCAUCCAAGCAGCCAAAGCAUCCAGGCAAAUUGCCAGUGAUUACAAGUACAAGGAAGGGUAUCGCAAACAGCUGGGCCACCACAUUGGGGCCAGGAACAUCGAGGAUGACCCCAAGAUGAUGUGGUCGAUGCGUUUGUACACUGAAGCAUGGAACAAAGACAAGACCACGAUUCAUGUCAUGCCUGACACCCCAGAAAUCCUGCUGGCUAAACAAAACAGAGUGAACUACAGUGAGAAAAUGUACAAACUGGCCUUGGAGGAGUCGAAGAAGAAGGGUUAUGAUUUGCGUUUUGAUGCCAUUCCCAUUCAGUCUGCCAAAGCCUCCAGGGAGAUUGCCAGCGAGUACAAGUACAAGGAAGGAUAUCGAAAGCAGCUGGGCCACCACAUCGGGGCCAGGAACAUCGAGGAUGACCCCAAGAUGAUGUGGUCGAUGCACGUGGCCAAGAUCCAGAGUGACAGGGAGUACAAGAAGGACUUUCGUUUGUACACUGAAGCAUGGAACAAAGACAAGACCACGAUUCAUGUCAUGCCUGACACCCCAGAAAUCCUGCUGGCCAAACAAAACAGAGUGAACUACAGUGAGAAAAUGUACAAACUGGCCUUGGAGGAGUCAAAGAAGAAGGGUUAUGAUUUGCGUUUUGAUGCCAUUCCCAUUCAAUCUGCCAAAGCCUCCAGGGAGAUUGCCAGCGAGUACAAGUACAAGGAAGGAUAUCGAAAGCAGCUGGGCCACCACAUCGGGGCCCGGAACAUCGAGGAUGACCCCAAGAUGAUGUGGUCGAUGCACGUGGCCAAGAUCCAGAGUGACAGGGAGUACAAGAAGGACUUUGAGAAGUCCAAGACAAGGUUCAGCAGCCCUGUGGACAUGCUGGGAAUUGUGUUGGCCAAGAAGUGCCAGCAGCUGGUGAGCGACGCCGACUACCGGCACUACCUGCACCAGUGGAUCUGUCUGCCCGACCAGAACGACGUGAUCCAUGCCAAGGAAGCCUACGACCUCCAGAGUGAUAACUGCUACAAAUCUGACCUGGAAUGGCUGCGGGGCAUUGGCUGGGUCCCAAUUGGUUCCUUGGAAGUUGAGAAAGCCAAGAAAGCUGGAGAAAUCCUCAGUGACAGGAAGUAUCGUCAGCCUGCAGACAAAAUCAAAUUUACCAGUGUGACCGAUUCCUUAGCCAUGGUCUUAGCCAAGCAAAACGCUGAGAUCAUGAACAAGCGCUUGUACACGGAAGCCUGGGAUGCAGACAAGAAGUCCAUCCAUGUCAUGCCUGACACACCAGACAUUCUGUUAGCAAAGGCCAAUGCAGCCAACGUUAGCAAUAAACUUUAUGUCCAAGCCUGGGAAGAGGCCAAAAAGAAGGGUUAUGACAUGAGAGCUGAUGCAAUUCCAAUCAAAACCGCAAAAGCGUCAAGAGACAUUGCCAGUGACUACAAGUACAAAGAAACCCACGAGAAGGAGAAAGGCCACUACAUCGGGUGCCCCAGUGCCAAGGACGACCCCAAGCUGGCGUUGGCCGCGCGCGCCAUGGCCCUGCAGAACGACCGCCUCUACAAGAAGGCCUACAACGAUUCCAAGACCCAGAUCCACAUCCCUGUGGAUGCCCUGUCGGUGCAGGCAGCCAAGGAGUGCCAGACCCUGGUCAGUGACAUUGACUACAGGCAGUACCUGCACCAGUGGACCUGCCUUCCUGACCAGAACGACGUGAUCCACGCACGGCAGGCCUACGACCUCCAGAGCGACAACGUGUACAAAUCUGACCUGGAAUGGCUGCGAGGCAUUGGCUGGCUGACAGAAGGGUCUGUGGAUGUGGUCAAAGCCAAGAAGGCCCAGGAGCUCCUCAGCGACCGCCUGUACCGCACGCGGCCGGAGCAGCUGAAGUUCACCAGCAUCACUGACUCCCCAGACGUUGUCCUGGCCAAGACCAACGCCAUGCAGCUCAGUGAUCGUCUGUAUCGUGAGGCCUGGGAUAAAGACAAGACCCAGAUUUCCCUCCCUUCAGACACUCCUGUCAUGCUGCAGUCCAAAGUGAAUGCUCUCAACAUCAGCAAUAAACAUUAUCAGAAAGCCUGGGAUGAGGCCAAGGCGAAAAGCUAUGACAUAAGAGCUGAUGCCAUUCCCAUCAAACAAGCCAAGGCCUCCAGAGACAUUGCCAGUGAGUACAAGUACAAAGAGACCCACGAGAAGCAGAAAGGCCACUACAUCGGGUGCCCCAGUGCCAAGGACGACCCCAAGCUGGCGUUGGCCGCGCGCGCCAUGGCCCUGCAGAACGACCGCCUCUACAAGAAGGCCUACAACGAUUCCAAGACCCAGAUCCACAUCCCUGUGGAUGCCCUGUCGGUGCAGGCAGCCAAGGAGUGCCAGACCCUGGUCAGUGACAUUGACUACAGGCAGUACCUGCACCAGUGGACCUGCCUUCCUGACCAGAACGACGUGAUCCACGCACGGCAGGCCUACGACCUCCAGAGCGACGCUGUAUACAGGUCAGACCUAGAGUGGCUCCGUGGAAUUGGGUGGUUGCCCAAUGACUCUCCAGAAAUUAAGAGGGUGAAGAAUGCCCAGGAUCUCCUGAGUGACAACGUGUAUCGGACCCCCAUUGACAGUGUGAAGUACACCAGUGUUGUGGAUUCCCCAGAUGUUGUUCUGGCCAAAAUCAACGCUGAACAGAUCAGCAUUCCAAAAUAUAAAGAAGCCUGGGAAAAAGACAAGACUAUGAUUCACAUCAUGCCAGACACCCCUGAAAUCAGCCUAGCCAAGGCUAAUGCUGUUAAUUACAGCCAGAAACAAUAUAAAGGAGCUUGGGAUGAGCUGAAGAUGAGCUACGAUUUGAGAGCAGAUGCAAUUCCAAUCAAGACAGCCAAGGCUUCUAGAGAGAUUGCCAGUGAUUACAAAUACAAGCUGGAACAUGAGAAGCAGAAAGGACACUACGUGGGAGUGCCGAACGCAAAGGGAGAUUCCAAAAUCCAGUUUGCCCUGGAUGUAGCCAAAGUUCAGAGCGAACGAGAGUACAAGAAGCACUUUGCCAAGCAGAAGACCCAGUGCCACCUGCCAGUGGACAUGAUGUCCAUCGUGGCAGCCAAGCAUGGGCAGGCUCUGGUGAGCGACGCCGACUACCGGCACUACCUGCACCAGUGGAUCUGCCUCCCCGACCAGAAUGAUGUCAUUCAUGCCAGGCAAGCCUACGACCUCCAGAGUGAUGCUGUUUACAAAGCUGAUUUGGAAUGGCUGCGGGGAAUCGGAUGGCUGCCAAAUGAUUCCCUUGGAGUCAAGCAUGUCAAAUAUGCUGGAGAUCUCCUGAGUGAGAGGAAAUACCGCACGAAAGCUGAAACUCUCCCGUUCACUGCUGUGGCUGACAGAGUUGAUUAUGUCACAGCAAAGAAUAGCACUGAAAUCCUCAGUGAUAUUAAAUACCACAAAGAAUGGAAUGAGGCCAAGACAAAUUAUACUCUCACAGAUACACCACAGCUGGAUAUGGCCCGAGAGGCAGCCAGAAUUCUAAAUCAGAAUUUGUACAAGGAAAGUUGGGAGAAAGAAAAAGCCACUGGUUACCUCCUGCCUCCUGACACGGUGCAGAUCACUCAUGCCAAGCACUCGAGUGAUGUCCAAAGUGAGCUGAAAUACAAAGCUGAGUAUGUCAAGCAGAGAGGUCACUACGUGGGAGUUGCCAAGAUGAGGGACGACCCCAAGCUGGUGUGGUACGAGCACGCGGGCGAGAUCCAGAACGACAGGCUGUACAAAUCAAACUACAACAAAACCAAGUCCAAAAUCCACAUGCCUUCGGAUGCCAUGGCAGUUGUGGCAGCAAAGGAGUGCCAGAACUUGGUCAGUGAUGUUGAGUAUCGCCAGUACCUGCACCAGUGGACCUGCCACCCUGACCAGAACGACGUGAUCCACGCACGGCAGGCCUACGACCUCCAGAGUGAUAAUGUCUACAAAGCUGAUUUGGAGUGGCUCCGUGGCUGCGGUUGGAUCCCUCUCGAUUCAGUGGAGCAUAAGAAGGUUAAGAAUGCACAGGAGCUGAUAAACAAGAGAGCAUACACAAAAGAAGCUAUGGAGAACUUUUCCAAGUACACCACCGUGGUUGACACUCCUGAGAUCACUUUGGCAAAGAUGAACUCUGUCAAUCAGAGUGAUCUAAAAUACAAAGAAACAUUUAACCAGGAGAAAGGCCAGUACAUUGGGUCUGAUGAUACUCCUGCUCUGCACCACGCCAAAGAUAUGUCCUUGCUCCACAGUGAGAAACAUUACAAGAAAGCCUGGGAGCUGAGCAAGCCCAUUGGGUACACUCUGGAUGAGAAAUAUGUUCCACUUGUGGGAGCCAAACAUGCAAACCACAUCAACAGUGAGCUUAAAUAUAAGGAAAUCUAUGAGAAGCUGAAAGGCCAUUACCUGGCUGGGAAGGAUAUUGGUGAUUUCCCCAGUGUCACUCACUCCCUGGAAUUCCAGAAAAUGAGGAGCGCGCUGGCUUACAGAAAGAACUAUGAAGACACCAAGAAAAAUGUCCACAUCCCAGCUGACAUGAUGAACCACGUCCUGGCCAAGAAGUGCCAGUACAUCCUCAGUGACCUGGAGUACCGCACGUACUUCCAUCAGUGGAGCUGCUCCCCUGAGGAGAACGAUGUGAUUCACGCCAGGAAAGCCCAGGAGAUCCUCAGUGAUUCUGUGUAUAAAGAUGACUUAAACUGGCUGAAGGGACUUGGAUGUUACGUCUGGGAUACUCCACAAAUCCUACAGGCUAAGAAAUCCUAUGACCUGCAGAGCCAGAUAAAAUACACCUCUGCAGGGAAGGAGAACUUCCAGAACUUCAGUGUGGUUACAGACACCCCUGUCUAUGUGACUGCUCUGCAAAGUGCUGCCAAUGCCAGCGAGGUGAAGUACAAGGAGGAAUUCCACAAAACUAAGGACAAGUACACAACUGUGACUGACACAGUGGAUUCAGAAAGAGUUCAGAGUUUGAAACAUCUCUAUAGUGAUAAUCUCUACAAGAAGGCCUGGGAUAAAGUGAAGGCCACCAGCUAUGCACUGCCCUCAGAUACUGUAGCCUUGGCACGUGCCAAAGAGCUGAAGCACAAUGCAAGCAUUGUCAAAUACCGUGAGGAAUAUGACAAGUUCAAAGCCCUGUACACCCUCCCCAGAGGAGUUGAGGAUGAUCCCAAUACAGAAAGGUGCCUCAGAGUUGGGAAGCUCAACAUUGAUCGUCUGUACAAAGAAGCCUAUGAGAAGACCAAAGCCAAGGUGCACAUUGUCCCAGACAUGGUGGACAUCAUCUCAGCCAAGGAUGCCCAGAAGAAGGUCAGCGAGGUCGAUUAUCGCACGCGCCUCCACGAGUGGCUCUGUCUGCCAGACCUGCAGGUCAACACCCAUGUGAGAAGAGUCACCGACCAAGUCAGUGAUGUUAUCUACAAGGAUGACCUGAACUGGCUGAAAGGCAUUGGCUGCUUUGUCUGGGACACUCCUGAAAUCCUCCAUGCCAAGCAGGCCUAUGACCUUCGCAGUGAUAUUAAGUACAAAUCUAAGGCAGAAAAAAUGAAGAAGGACUUCACUGUGGUCACGGACACUCCUGUCUAUGUCCAGAAUGUAAUCAGUGCCUUGAAUUUAAGUGAAGCUGUCUAUCGUGGUGAUUACAAGAAGAAUGUCCAAGGCAAGAUGAUCCCCACUGAUAAAACAGUGGAUCUGGAGCGGGCAUACAAUGCAAACAAAAUACAGAGUGAGAAUUUGUAUCGCUGGGCUGGUGUGAAUGCUCUGCCCACUGGGUACAGCCUUCCCACGGACACUCCCAACUUCCAGCACGCCAAACACGUCCAGCACAUCGGCAGUGAUCUGAAAUAUAAAGAAGCCUAUGAACACAUGAAAGCCAAGGGCUACACUCUGGGACCUAAAGAUGUUGGCUUUGAAAAUGUGAGGAAGGUCAAUCAAGUCAUUAACGAGAGGCUGUACAGGGCAACCUACCACAAGAACAAGGACAAGAUUCACACCACCCCUGACACGCCUGAACUCCGCCAAGUCAGAGCCACCCAGGAGGCUGUCAGUGAUCUGAUCUACAAGUCAGAUUUCUUCAAGAUGCAGGGCCACCUGAUCUCCCUGCCCUACACCCCUCACGUGCUGCACUGUCGCUACGUCGGGGACAUCACCAGUGAUAAUAAAUACAAAGAGGACCUGAGGUGGCUGAAGGGCUUGGGUUGCUUCCUGUAUGACACCCCUGACAUGGUCCGUGCCCGUGAGCUCCGCAAGCUCUGGUCCAAUUAUAUCUACACAAGUACUGCCAAGAAAAUGUGGCCUAAAUUCCAGGUGGUGUUGGAUACUCCUGGGUACAGAGCAGUGCAGGAACUAAAAACCCAUCUGAGUGAGCUGGUUUACAGAGCUGCAGGCAAUGAGCUGAAGACAAAAUACACUUCCAUCCUUGAUACACCUGACUUCAUCAGAGCCAAGACAGGACAAAAAAUACAGAGCCAGUACUUGUACGUGGAGCUUGCCACAAAGGAGAGACCCCACCAUCAUGCUGAUGGUCAGACUCAAGCCUUUGCACAUGCCAGGAAUGUCAAGGACAUGAUCAGUGAGAAAAAGUACAAAACCCAGUAUGAGAAGAUGAAGCACAAAUACACCCCUGUCCCUGACACCCCAGUGCUGAUCAGAGCCAAGAGAGCCUACCUGAAUGCCAGUGAUCUGCGCUACAAAGAAACCUUUGAGAACACCAAGGGCAAAUACCACACCGUGAAGGAUGCUCUGGACAUCGUGUACCACAGGAAGGUCACUGAUGACAUCAGCAGUGUGAAGUAUAAGGAGAAUUACAUGAGCCAGCUGGGAAUCUGGAGAUCCAUCCCAGACCGGCCCGAGCACUUCCACCACCGCCUGGUCACGGAUGCCAUCAGUGAUGUUAAAUACAAGGAAGACCUGGAAUGGCUCAAAGGCACUGGUUGCUAUGUGUGGGAUACUCCAAGUUUUGUCCUGGCAGAGCAGAAUAAAGUGCUCUACAGUGGGUGCAAGUACAAGGAGAAUUUUGAGAAGACCAAGUCCAAGUUCAAGUACGUGGCUGACUCUCCAAUCAAUGAACAUUUUAAAUAUGCAACUCAGCUGAUGGAUGGGAGAAGCUAUAAAGCCUUUGCCAAGAUGCUCCUGCAGCACGGAUGCAAUGAAAUUCUGAGGCCAGACAUGCUGACAGCACUCUACAACACAUACCUGUGGAGCCAGAUUCAGUACAAAAAGGACUAUGAGAAGAAGAAGGACAAAUACACCACAGUUCUGGAUACUCCAGAGUAUUUACGGACCACGAAGGUCAACAAGCAGAUCAGUGACAUUAUUUACAAGCUGGAGUACAACAAAGCCAAGCCCAAGGGCUACACCACCAUCCAGGACACGCCGAUGCUGCUGCAUGUGCGCAAGGUCAAGGACAGGAUCAGUGACCUGAAAUACAAAGAAAUGUAUGAGAGGAGCAAAUCUCGCUGCAACGUCGUGGCAGAUUCAGUUCACAUCAAAACUCCCAGGCACGCCUACAAACUGAACAGCAACCUGGAUUAUAAGAAGAAAUACGAAGCAGCCAAAGCCCACUGGCACCUGAUUGCUGACAGGCCUGACUUCAUCCAAGCAGCCAAGUCCUCUCUGCAGCAGAGUGAUUAUGAAUACAAACUGGACCGGGAAUUCCUCAAGGGGUGCAAACUGUCUGUCACAGAUGAUAAAAACACAGUGUUGGCCCUCAAUAAUGCCAUCCUGGCCAGUGAUAUAAAAUACAAAGAGAAGCACAACAAAGCCCGUGGGACCUACCACGUUGUUCCAGACACCCCUCAGAUCCUGCUGGCUAAGAACGUCAGCUCUCUGGUGUCCGAGAACAAAUACAAAGAGCAGAGCAAGAAGCAGCUGCCCCAUGGCUCCUUCACCACCCUGCCCGAGACCAGGGACACCGUCCACGUCAAGGAGGUGACCAAGAACGUCAGCGAGACGAACUACAAGAAGAAGUUUGUGAAGGAGAAAGGCAAAUCCAAUUAUUCUGUCAUGCUGGAGCCUCCUGAGGUGAAACAUGCCAUGGAAGUUGCUAAAAACCAGAGCACAAUUGAAUACAAGAAAGAUGCCAAAUCCAAACUCCACUACACACCUAUAGCAGAUCGACCAGAUAUUAAGAAAGCAACUCAGGCUGCCAAAUUAAUCAGCAAUAUUGAAUAUAAGAAGCGUGGAGCAGCAGGUGUGGGUGUGACCAUGCUGGGACGUCCAGACAUUGAGCUGGCCAAGGAGGUGUCCAAACUGACCAGCCAGGUGAAAUACAAGGAGAACUUUGCCAAAGAGUUGGGCAAAAAGCCAAAAUAUGAUUUGAAGGAGGCCAAAAUCUACAAGACCCUGAAGGACGCGCACAACAUGGCCAGCGAGGUGAAGUACAAGGCAGACCUGAAGAAGCUGCACAAGCCCGUCACGGACAUGAAGGAGUCGCUGCUCAUGAACCACGUGCUGAGCACCAGCCAGCUCGCCAGUGCUUACCAGUACAAGAAGCAAUAUGAGAAGAGUAAGGGUCACUACCAUGUGGUGCCAGAUAAUCUUGAACAGGUUCAUCUCAGGGAGGCCUCAGAGCUCCAGAGCCACGUGAAAUACAGAGAAAAGUAUGAGAAGGAAAAAGGAAAGCCCAUGUUGGACUUUGAAACUCCCACAUACCUGACUGCCAAGGAGUCUCAGCUCAUGCAGAGCGAGAAAGAAUAUAAGAAGGACUUUGAAGAGUCCAUGAAGGGCAGGAACCUCACUGGCCUGGAGGUCACACCAUCCCUCUUGCAUGUCAAAUACGCCACCAAAAUAGCGAGCGAGAAAGAGUACAGGAAGGAUCUGGAGGAAGGAGUCAAAGGGAAAGGACUGACAGCCUUGGAGGAGACUCCAGAAAUGCUGAGAGCCAAGAAUGCCACUCAAAUCCUGAACGAGAAGGAGUACAAGAAGGCCCUGGAGCAGGAGAUCCGCGGGAAGGGCCUGACCGAGCUGGCGCUGGAGACGCCGGAUUUCGUGCGGGCCAGGAACGCCACCGACAUCGCCAGCCAGAUCAAAUACAAACAAUUGGCAGAAAUGGAGAAAGCCAACUACACCAGUGUUGUUGAUACUCCAGAGAUUAUUCAUGCCCAGCAGGUCAAGAACCUUUCCAGCCAGAAAAAAUACAAGGAAGAUGCAGAGAAGAACAUGCCCUACUACGUGCCUGUGGCUGACACACCAGAAAUGCAGAGGGUCCGAGAGAAUCAGAAGAACUUUAGCAUGCUUCAGUAUCAGUCAGACCUACAGAACAGUAAAGGAAAAGUCACAGUGGUUCAGGACACCCCAGAAAUCCUGAGGGUGAAGGAAAACCAGAAGAAUUUCAGCUCGGUGAAGUACAAGGAGAGCAUUGGCAAAGGGACUCCCAUCCCCGACCUGCCCGAGGUGAAGCGCGUCAAGGAGACCCAGAAGCACAUCAGCUCGGUGUUGUACAAGGAGGAGCUGGGCACGGGCACCCCCACGCCCCUCACCCCAGAAAUGGAGCGGGUCAAACGCAACCAGGAGCAGAUUAGCUCGGUGUUGUACAAGGAGAACAUAGGGAAAGCCACCCCCACCCCCGUCACCCCCGAGAUGGAGAGGGUCAAACGCAACCAGGAGAUCAUUAGCUCGGUUUUGUACAAGGAAAAUGUGGGGAAGGUGACCCCGACCCCCAUCACCCCCGAGAUGGAGAGAGUCAAACGCAAUCAAGAGAUCAUUAGCUCGGUGCUGUACAAGGAGCACAUGGCCAAGGGAACUCCGACCCCGCUGACCCCGGAGAUGGAGAGAGCCAAACGCAACCAGGAGAACAUCAGCUCGGUUCUUUACUCUGACAGUUUCCGCAAGCAAGUCCAAGGAAAAGCCGCCUACGUCCUGGACACGCCGGAGAUGCGGCGCGUGCGGGAGACCCAGAAGCACAUCUCCACUGUGAAGUACCACGAGGACUUCGAGAAGAGCAAAGGGAGCUUCACGCCCGUGGUGACCGACCCCAUCACGGAGCGCGUGAAGAAGAACAUGCAGGACUUCAGUGACAUCAGCUACCGGGGCAUCCAGAGGAGGGUGGUGGAGAUGGAGCGGAAACGCGUGGACCAGGACCAGGAGAACCUCACAGGGCUCCGGGUGUGGAGAACCAACCCCGGCUCCGUCUUCGACUACGACCCCGCCGAGGACAACAUCCAGUCCCGGAGUCUGCACAUGAUCUCAGUCCAGGCGCAGCGCCGCAGCCGGGAGCACUCGCGCUCCGCCAGCGCCCUGAGCAUCAGCGGCGUGGCCGACGAGAAAUCCGAGCCCUCGGACGGCACCGACCAGCGCCUGUCCUACUACAGCAACGGGGGCUUCUUCACCACCACGGCCACAGUGGGCUACAAGCAGGUCAAGACCAUUGAGUUGCCACAGCAGCGCUCGUCCUCGGUGGCCACCCAGCAAACCACGGUGUCCUCGGUGCCUUCCCACCCCUCCACUGCUGGGAAGACGUUCCGGGCCAUGUACGACUACACGGCGGCGGACGCGGACGAGGUGUCCUUCAAGGACGGUGACACCAUCGUCAACGUGCAGGCCAUCGACGAGGGCUGGAUGUACGGCACCGUGCAGAGAACCGGCAAGACCGGCAUGCUGCCGGCCAACUACGUGGAGGCCGUGUGAGCCCGGCCUGGGACAGCUCCCUGGGCUGGGACGUGUCCCCCCGGGGAUGGGACACUGCCCUGGGGAUGGGACAUGUCCCCUCAGGGAUGGGACACUGCCCUGGGGAUGGGACACCUCCCCCUGGGGAUGGGACACCUGCCCUGGGGAUGGGACACCUGCCCUGGAGAUGGGACAUGUCCCCUCAGGGAUGGGACACCUGCCCUGGGGAUGGGACACCUGCCCUGGGGAUGGGACAUGUCCCCUCAGGGAUAGGACACCUCUCCUGGGGAUGGGACAUGUCCCCUCAAGCAUGGGACACCUCUCCUGGGGAUGGGACAUGUCCCCUCAGGGAUGGGACACCUGCCCUGGGGAUGGGACACCUCUCCCGGGGAUGGGACAUGUCCCCUCAGGGAUGGGACACCUCCCCCGGGAUGAGACAUCUGCCCCAGGCCCUCCCAGUCCCCUCAGCCACAACAGAAAUAACUGCAGAGCAAAACACACCUGGAAUAUUUCACAAGGUUUCCAAAAGUACCUCUAAGCACAUCCUGCCUUUCUCCCGCUGCCAAACACUUCCAAAUGUCUGGAGUUUCAAAUGUUUCAUCAUGAUCUAAGACACUACAAGACAUCUCCAAAAUUCCACUGCUGAAGACUAACACACACAUUUUAUGAUUCGUUCUCCCACAUGGAGAGAAUUUUUCUGGGCUGUUCUGAAAUGUUUCAAUCUCUUCACUUCCUUUUCCAUUUAAGCUUUGUAUUUCAACCCAAUUUAUCUGGGGAGGGGAAAGCAACCGCCCCUCUCCUCCUGCUUGCUGAGCUCUCAUGAAUGUUUCUCCUGCAACUGUUCUGGGGGCAAAAGCUGUGAUUUCUUGUAAAUUAGUGAUGAAUAAAGCUGAGGUUUCUGCAGUA